AUGACUCAUGUCUCAUUGCCUCCAGAGCUGUUACUGUACUGUGUACCAGGCAGCAAUGAUUCAUGUAUUGCGGUACGGAAAGGUUUGUGGACAGAUUUUGCUCUCUAUUUGGUGUUUGUUUCAGGCAUGCUGGUUACCAUUUUAGGGAACUCUCUUGUCAUUGUGUCCAUAUGUCAUUUCAAACAGUUGCAUAGUCCUACCAAUGUUUUCAUUUUAUCUCUUGCUCUGGUUGAUCUGCUAGUGGGUGUUAUUGUGAUGCCCUUCAGUGCCACCCGGACUGUUACUGGCUGCUGGUUCUAUGGUGAUACAUUCUGUCAUCUGCAUGUCAGUUUUGAGUGGUUUCUCACCACACUUUCUAUCUUCCACCUAAUUUGCAUUGCUGUCGACAGACAUCAAGCAAUAUGUAAUCCUCUGCAUUACUCAAGAAAAAUCACAGUGUCAGUGGCUGUGAUGAUGGUGUGUGCCUGCUGGUCACUGGCUGCUGUCUAUGCUUAUGGAGUCCUUUAUUCAAAGGCCAAUGAGGCAGGCCUAGAAGAUUUAAUGGCAUCAAUAAUGUGCCUUGGUGGUUGUUUUGUUUACUCGAACCCACUUUGGGCAAUGUUGAGCAGUGCUUUGUGCUUUUUCUUUCCCUGCACUGUAAUGGUUUGUCUUUACACUAAAAUAUUUAUUGUGGCUAAAACGCAUGUAAGAAAGAUUGGAGAUAAGAACCAAAGUUCAAAUGACAGAGGGAGAGGUGGCGUGAUUAAGCAGUCUGAAUGCAAGGCUGCAAAGACUCUCAGUGUUGUGCUUGGAGUAUUCAUCUUCUGUUGGAUGCCGUUGUUUAUGCAAGCAAUAAUUGAUCCCGUCACCGGCUUCAGAAUACCUGUUCUGCUCUUGGAAGUAUUAGUUUGGUUGGGUUACUUCAAUUCAGCCUGUAACCCCAUUAUUUAUGCCUUGUUUUAUCCCUCCUUCAAAAAGUGUUUUCAUUGCAUAAUCACUCUGAAAAUAUUCAGCCCAAAUUCUUCAACUAUGAAUCUAUCUCUUAAAUGA